CCCCCCAGGUGAGCGGGGGGCAGCGGCGGAGCGAGGGGCGGGCGGCUGCCGCUCGGCGGCCCCUCCGCCAGCGGUGCCAGCGGCCGGCCGCGGGCGGCGAGGGGCAGGUCCCCGGCCCCGCCAUGGCGAGCGGGAUGGGGCUGUCUGGCAGGCAGCGGGCGCUGAUCCGGGAGAGCUGGCGGCGGCUGAGCGGCAGCCCGGUGCAGCACGGCCUCGUCCUCUUCACCAGGCUGUUUGACUUGGACCCUGACCUGUUGCCCCUUUUCCAGUACAACUGCAAGCAGUUUGCCAGCCCUCAGGAGUGCCUCUCUGCCCCCGAGUUCUUGGAUCACAUCAAGAAGGUGAUGCUGGUGAUCGAUGCUGCUGUGAACCACCUGGAGAACUUGUCCUGCCUGGAAGAGUAUCUCUGCAACCUUGGCAAGAAGCACCAGGCAGUUGGUGUGAAGGUCGAAUCUUUCUCGACUGUUGGCGAGUCCUUGAUGUACAUGCUGGAGAAAUGCCUUGGCACUGCCUUCAGCCCAGAUGUGCGGGAGGCUUGGAGCAAACUCUACGGUGCUGUGGUGAAAGCCAUGCAACGUGGCUGGGGACCCUCCCAGAAAGGGGACUAGAUCCUGCCAGCCAUCCCCAUCCCUGACCACGCAGUGGUCCUGGGCAAGGGGAGCACUCACGCCACGCUCUCUGCCUCUCUCCACCUCUGUCUUUCUCUGUGCACCAGCCUAUCGCUGUCUUCUCCAGUCACGUGUGCUUCGGGGCUCUCCCAGUGAUUCUGCCUUGCUUCGACACGACCACAUCUCUGCCUUUGCUAAGGGCUGGCAGGGUAUGUCUGCAGCGAAGCCUGGGAGUGCUGCAGCACAGGUACGUUGCCUGCCCCAAGUUCCUUCGGGCUAGCUGGAGCACCAACACCCACGUACCUGCUCUGGUUUUUAGCUGGCUUGUCUUCCCUCCUCUUGCUACCAACCCUAGUUAGAUGACAGCUAGUGUCAGACGUAUUUACCCAAGAUUCUAUUUGCCGCACUCAAGACCUGGCUGGUCUGGCACUGCUUGCUCCUCCUGCACUGCUGUGCCCAGUUCAGCUCUGGCAAUGGUGGAUGUGGCUCCCUCCAAGGGCAGAGGCAGCAGAGGUGGGAGCUGGCCGUGCUGUGCCGCUGUCCUCCCCGACCCUUGCAGGGAGCUUUUCCCCCUCUCCCUUCGCCAACACAUCACUACCAGAUGGUUAAUCCUGGUGCUCUCUUCUGCCUUGCCUCUCCCCUGGAUGGGACCCAUGCCUUUUCCUCAUGUCAGGUUGGCCACAACUCGGUGUGUUUCCUUAGGGAUGCUUCAAGCAGUGAGGUCACGUUAACCCCAAUGUGAGGCUGUUUUUAGCGGGUCCGGGCUGCCAGCUGAAAGGCUUUGUCUUGGUUUGGCUGGUUGGUUUAACCUCGGAGCCAGCUGAAAGGCAGCGGCAGUGGUGGCUCUUUACUGCUUUGUGUUAAGGAGAAUGAAGUAAAUACAAGGAAAAGAGGUCUUAAAAUAAAAAUGAAGGUUGCAACCAUGUCAUGGCAACAGCUUCCAGAAAUUGUUCUGGCUCUUGGCCAGAGGAAGGAUAGCUGGAAUUUCUCUGCUGAUGCUGUCAGGACCUGGAGUGCUUCCCAGCUGCACGCAGUGCCCAUCUGCAGAGCUCCUCACCCUUUAGUAAUCCCUCCCCGCCAUACUCAAGGCACAGCUGCUAUGGAGCAGAGCGAGGCAACCAGUUAGGUGUGUGCAGCAGUGCUGUGUCAGGACAGGAGUGAGAAGACAGCAUCUGCUGGAAGAAAUCAUAGGAAAUGGCUGAGAGGCAGCAUCUGAGGGCUCUGGGGGGAGCUGAACUUGAGCACUUUGGAGAAGAGUUCAUCUUCAUGGGGAAGUCACUGUAGGACAGGCAGAACCACGUUUCCAGCUAUCACUAGCCCCAGGGCAAGGACAUGGAGCAAGUAUUCAGUUACAGACAGCACCCUUUUUUUGCUGCUCCUUCAGGGCACGUGAAGCCUGGUGUUGAGGGCUGGGAUGAUGCUGUUCUAGAAGCACGUUCCUCCUAUACUUAGAUGUCCUCCACUCUGGGGCAGGAGAGGGCUGCCUGCUCCUCGCAGCUGCAGCUGAGGUCUCCCAGCCCCACGUUGUAGAGAGGACGGUGGAGUGCCGUCUGAACUGGGGCUCUACUUCCCUGCCACCAGGCCUGGUGGUGGCCGUGGGCUUCCAGCAAGCGAGGAGCCCUCCAGCUGUGCUUGGGAGGGGAGCUGAGGGGUGUUGUGGAACAGGCAGUGAACAGCCCGAGGUGGGAUGCUCGCUGUCCUCCCUGUGGUACCAGGCUCUGCUCCUGCAGUCCUGCCACGUGGUGGUGUGUGUCCUGGCCCAUGGCUCACUCCAUCGGCUGGGUCAGGUGACCAGGCAGCGAGGGAUGGAGGAGCCGGGGGGAGAUGCUAGUUGUGACAGCACAGUGUUGGGCAGGAGGGUUUGGGAAUGGCGACGUCCUCUUUGCAACCCUGUUCUGGGGCAUCAGCCUUCGGCAUCGUGGGGGGACCUGCUGGCUCUGUGUGACAAGUAGGCAGCUGCGUAAUGGAUGGGAUGUGGGUGUUACUGCCCCAAACCAUCCCCGCUCCCUCUAGCUUUCCCAGCUCCUUGAAUUCUCUUCUGUACCACGUUUUGUGUAACUCCCAAGAGAACUGAACUCCUCUGUGUGCCUCUUAUACCCAGCUGUACUGUUUAAUAAACAACAACAGUGAGUCUCA